AUGGCCAUCGAGCAAGUGCACAGUGGCGUGCGGGGAGGCGGCACAGGGGCUGUCUUCGUCAUCGGAGUCACCAUCGAAAGCAUCGUCGUCGGAGUCGAGAGCGACGAGCGAGACGAGCUUGUGGCCACGGCGAGGAAGAAGAGCGGCAACGAGCGUGUGCCGCCGCGGGUGCUCGUCGCGCUCGGCGCCACCCCGCUAGCACGUAGGCCGUUGAAGAUGAAGGCAGCAUUUUUGUUUGGCUGCCUUUAUUUAUCUCUGAAGCAUCUAAUGAACAAUAAUUUCAGUAUGAUUGGGUAUGUUCAUAACUAUGAUUUGCUGAGGGCAUGCAUUGAAGACAUACUCUCAACAAUAAAACCAGUGGAAGAUGACCGAAAGAAACGUUUAUGUGCAAUUCAGGAGCUGGCAGAUUCCAUCUACUCAGUUGGGCCCUUGAGAGGUGCUGUUGUCAAGCCUUUUGGAUCCUUUAUAUCUAAACUUUAUGCAAAGUCUGGUGAUUUGGAUGUUUCAGUUGAUCUCUGCAAUGGCUCAAGACUUCCUAUAAGCAAGAAAAAGAAGCAAAAUGCCUUGAGAGAACUAAUGAGAGCUUUACAAAUCAGAGGUAUUGCUAGAUAUAUGGAGUUCAUUCCUACUGCAAGAGUCCCAAUUCUUCAAUACAUGAGCAACCACUUUGGUAUUUCCUGUGAUGUAUCAAUUAACAACUACCCUGGUCAAAUUAAAUCGAGAAUCUUGUACUGGAUCUGUACUAUGGAUGAACGCUUCGGUGAUAUGGUUUUAUUGGUCAAGGAAUGGGCAAAAGCUCAAAAUAUUAAUGACCCAAAAAAUGGAACCCUGAACUCCUAUUCUCUGUGCUUGCUUGUUAUCUUUCAUUUCCAGACAUGUGAACCUGCAAUUUUACCACCUCUGAAGGAGAUUUUUUAUGGGAAAGCUGCAGAAGAAUUGGUGUUUUAUGAUGAGAACUGUGUUGAUGACAUUUGCAUGGCAAAUAUUGAAAGGUUUCUACGCCAGAACACGGGACACAGAAAUCAGAGCCCUCUUUCAUUCCUCCUUGCAUCUUUUUUUCACAAGUUUUUUAACAUCUGGAGCCUUUCAACCAAAGUGAUAUCCACGUACACGGGCCGGUUUGAGCAAAUCCAGAACAACCCAACUUGGAUGGCCAAAUCAUACAGCUUGUUUGUCGAAGAUCCAUUCGAGAGACCGGAUAAUGCCUCUAGAGCAGUUGGUGCGGAGGGGCUUGAACGUAUUGGCCAGGCCUUCAACUAUGUCAGCUAUAGGUUUAUUUCUGGUGCCCUCGGUGACCGGGAUGAACUGUUGUCACUGCUGUGUACACCUCCUGUUGAAUCUAUUCUUGCGGCAGUCAGGGCCAACCAUUACACAAAAACUCCACCCAGUCAUCAGUUGUAUUCACCUGUGGCAGCUAGCCUUUAUGAUGAUCAACAUCACCAGCGAACCGGAGGUUCUACUGGAAGCAUAUCAAGCUCACAGGGUUAUGCUGUAGGACGCCAGAUGGCUCAACCAGACCAGUACAAACAACCACAAGCCUAUAAUGCAGAGCGCAUGACAGUAGGACAAUACCAGAGUAUCAAUCGUCCACAGGUUUAUACUACAGGGCUUGAAACAGCAGUACCACUCCAUCAUAAUCACACAAGUUUGCAAAGGACAGGUAGACGAGCAGUAGGCCACCUGAAUCAGCUGCGGAGAUGGGAAUACUCACCAUACCAGCAUUCUGGCACUACGAGGCAUGACCCUGCUAGCAGACGGUGGUCCCACAAUGGAUUAACAUGGGACUCUGCAGCCGCCUCAAGGGAUACAUCAUGGCAAUGGUAG